CACUUUUUGAUCAUUCUUGACCAAUCUGACCGGUCAUUUCAGGUGGGACUCCAUUAUAAGGCUACAAGUCCUGGACUCCAGUAUUAACCUUUCUCCUGUUCCACUCAUCAUCGAAAAGUGUCUCUAGGCUCUAGCGUACAAUGGAUACGCGUCCAAGGGUAAUCUACCUUCCAGACACCAUGACCAACUGGCCCUGGCCUCGUGCGAUGAAUCCUCAUUUCGAAGUUGUGAAAGCUGAAGUCGAUGCUUCGUUCCGUGAAUUUAAGGCUCUGAGUGCUGAAUCACAGGAAGCAUUCGACAAAUGUGAUUCUGCCCGUUUAGCGGCACUGAGUUAUCCCAAUGUAUCAAGAGAACACCUUCGAAUCGCCUGCGAGUUUAUCAACGUCCUCAUCAUUGUAGAUGAGUACACCGACGUUGAAAAUGCAGCAGUUGCUGAAGCAAUGGUGGAUAUCGUCAUCGAUGCCCUACACAAUCCUCAUAAAACACGACCAGAAGGCGAAUGUAUUCUUGGUGAAAUCGUACGACAAUUUUGGGCUCGUGCGAUUCAGACUACAACCCUGCCUUUUCAACGUCACUUCAUUUAUAGCUAUACCGCAUACCUUCGUGCAGUAGUUGUUGAGGCUCUCGACCGCGACGAGGCUCAUUGCCGUAGUAUUGGUGAUUAUAUCAAGCUCCGGCGGGAUACAUGCGCUACUAAACCUGUCAUCGCAAUAUAUGAAAUGGGAAUGGAUCUUCCCGAUGAAGUAUUUUAUCAUCCCAUCAUUGUCAAACUGGUUGAAUGCAUUGCAGAGUUGAUGUUGAUUGACAAUGACAUGAUCUCGUACAAUAGAGAGCAAGCAACUGGGGACGCGAACCAUAAUUUGAUCACUAUUGUCAUGGUGGAACUCGGCCUCGACAGAAGCGGUGCGAUGGCCUGGGCAGCACGCUAUCACGCUGAAGUUGAGAAAAGGUUCACUGACAGUCUUGCGAAAGUGCCUUCAUGGGGACCUUUGACCGAUGUUCUAGUCAAGGAGUAUCUUGAUGGGAUGGCAACAUGGGCUCGAGCAAACCAUUGUUGGAGUUACGAAACUCAAAGAUACCUGGGUACAAUGGGCCCGGAGAUAAAACGAACUGGUCUUGUCCCAUUAUUGCCCAAGGUCAACCGCAAAGCUGCAUCCGCGGCAGCAAGGGUCAAUGUUGCUGAUUUAUCCUUGAUGGAUGCCACAGAAGACCUGUCCGACCUAUCUUCGCCCCAGGUGACAAGUGUGAUGUAAUUCAGAAGAACGGGCAUAGAUGGCAGAUAGUAUUGCAGUGAAUAUGAAACUCAUCCUUAGGUGUGGGGCCCCUUUCAGGGUUCGCAGCUCGUUUUCCAUGCACGUACCUCACGUUUCGUCCACUGGUUCAUCGGGUUUAUAGCGGUGAUGAAGGUAG